GGCAGCAGCUCUCUCUUGGGAGAAGGGAUGGGUGCCGUUUCGUGUCGAGACCCCUUCUUCAGACUGGAUAAAACGUCGCCCAUCCCUUCUGUCCAGAGAUGCUGCCUUGUCUCGCUGAGUUACUCCAGCAUUUAGUGUCUAUCUUCGGUUUAAAUCCGCAUCUGCAGUUCCUCCCCACACAUCCUUAAACCGUGCAGGUUGGAAGCGCCUGACGCCAUUUCCUGGGCUGGACUCACGCAUGCCCAAGGCUGGAGAAGGGAUUUGGAUAAUUUCAUGCUGGAGGAGACCCGGCUCGGUGCGAGGACGCGGCUGCAAUUUCGUGUCAGUUUCAGCAAUUGAUCCGCGCCGCUUCUCGAUACAUUGUAUCGGGCGCCGGUUACAUUAAUUUCCAUUUCACUCCCUCCCUCCGCACCCUCUCUUUCUCUCUCUUCUCUCUCUCUCCAAGUGAUCAGAGAGGGAGAAGGAGGGAGAUGUUGGGCUUCUUGCGACGGACUCUCGGGCGUCGGACGGUGCGCCGACACACCGAGAAGGACAAACAGAGAGAGGCACAGCGCUCUGGGACUCACAUCCCGGCGGCCGGCGAUAGCAGGUCAAUAAUAACCUGCAGAGUCUCGCUGCUGGACGGCAGCGAUGUCAGCGUCGAUUUACCGAAAAAAGCUAAAGGCCAGGAAUUGUUUGAGCAAAUCAUGUACCAUCUUGACAUCAUUGAGAAAGAUUACUUUGGCCUGCGAUUCAUGGACUCUGCCCAAGUAGCGCACUGGUUGGACAUCACCAAGAGCAUCAAGAAGCAAGUGAAAAUUGGCCCACCGUACUGUCUUCAUCUCCGGGUUAAAUUUUACUCGUCUGAGCCGAACAAUCUCCAUGAAGAAUUAACCAGAUACUUGUUUGUGCUACAGUUGAAGCAAGAUAUUCUGAGUGGCAAGUUAGAAUGCCCGUCCGACACGUCGGUGCAGCUGUCAGCAUAUGCCGUUCAAGCUGAAAUGGGUGACUGCGAUCCUUCGGACCAUGGACCAGACUUGGUGUCCGAAUUCCGAUUUGUGCCAAAUCAGGGCGAGGAGAUGGAGUUUGCAAUCUUUGAGAAGUGGAAGGAAUGCAGAGGGCAGACACCAUCUCAAGCAGAAAUCAACUAUCUCAACAAAGCCAAGUGGCUGGAGAUGUAUGGAGUUGACAUGCACAAAGUCAAGGGACGAGAUGGAAACGAAUACAGCUUGGGUCUGACCCCAACGGGAGUGCUGGUCUUUGAAGGAGAAACCAAGAUUGGACUAUUCUUCUGGCCUAAAAUCAUCAAAUUGGAAUUUAAGAAGAGCAAGCUCACUCUUGUGGUCGUGGAGGAUGAUGAGCAGGGUAAGGAGCAAGAGCACACCUUUGUAUUCCGACUGGACCAUCCCAAGGCCUGCAAACACCUCUGGAAGUGCGCUGUGGAGCAUCACGCGUUUUUCCGAUUGAGGGGACCUGUCCAAAAGAAUUCCAACCAAUUGCCAUUUGUGCGGAUGGGAUCCCGCUUCAGAUACAGUGGCAGAACGGAAUACCAGACCACCAAAACCAACAAACCACGGCGGCAAGUGUCCUUUGAACGUAGACCAAGCAGACGUUAUUCAAGAAGGUCGACACAGCAUCGAGCCAACCCUUUCAACAAAAACUUGGAGCCAAGUUUGCUCUUUAACACAGCAAGCCAGAAACUUGCCUCUCAGACCGUAACUAUGAGACCGAUGAUCCCUGUUGUGACUGCAUUGCCCAGUGAACCUGUGCCAAUUGAAAUAGAAAAUCUUCCCCGAAGCCCGGGACUCAAUCAAUCUGAGAAGAGGAGCCUGCAGAUCGCGGACUUGUUGGACGCCAAAGAGCUGGUGGAGACUUCAGUGGAUGAGGCCAUCGGAGUUCCUGUUACCAUGACAGCGCCAAGAAUCUCAGAAGAGUCCGUUCGAAGUUUGACCUCUGCCGGGACGUACGAGAGUGCACGUGGAAAACCAGAUUCAACUGCACUGGAUGAAGUGGUGGCAAGACUGAAGCAACUCCAGAUAGAGAGCAGUCCUGUGGCUGUGAGGAGGCCUGAGAUGAGCUUUACGGCAAACACCAGUAGCCAGGAAGAGAUUGUGAGGCCGUGGGACCUGUGCCUGAAGAGUGCCGCAGAUACCAGUUGCGUUGGGCUUCCUGGAGAUGUGAAAGGCAACUUUUUGAAAGCACAGGUGGUUCAAAAUGAUGCUGGAAUGAAUGUUAACAAUUCUAAUCCAUUUGAUGCAGAAUUCAGGAGCUUGGGAGUCACAGACACUAUCAUAUUGCCGAGCAGAAUCCCCAACUGGCCAGGAGCUGGAGACCUAUGGAGAAACAUGCCAGCCUGCAGCCCCUUCACCACCGAUGGUCUACAUGAGGAGGAUACGAGUCCAAACUGUGACGUUCCAACCACUCCUUCUGAUUUCGCAACAACCGAAUCAACCAGUGAUUUUCCUGCUCUAAAGGAUGUUGCUGAAGAUCUGGACAACCUGCUGUCAGCACUCAGUGAGAAUCUGAUCGACUUCACUGAUCCCGGCUCACUGGGAGGGGUCAUUGCAAAUGGAGUUUUCAAUCGUGAAGCCUCUUCUGCCAUGAAGGCAGUAAAAGCAGUUCCUGAGCCUACACUUUUUCCCAUUCCAUCUUCUACCACAGCUCCGAGCUCAUUGGGUUCAACAUUAUCCAGCAGCAUCUCCACGGAGAGGACGGUGAGGCCGAAGGGGCUGUUGACGACGGAGUUGUGAAAACCGUGCAAGGAUUGCCUUUGUCCUGAGUAGGAAACGAACAAGGCAGAUGUUCAGCUGCCAGCCGAGAGACUCUCUGCAAGGCGUAACCCGGACACCACGAUACCCUCCUCUUGUGCAAGAUUCCAGCUCCUCUCCUCCGUUCAGGUGGACCAGAAGAAGGAGCAGAACGUCGUCUGGGUGGGGUCUUGCUUCAUCAGCCCACGUCAAGCUUAAAUAAAAAACAAUGGGUAUUUUUUCCUGAGACAGAGAAUGUAAAUUCCUCUAAGCUGCUGGCGAAUUAAGAACACUGGAGAAACAGAAAUAUCCAAAGCAGGCAUCAAAACUGGAACAGCCACAAUCAUUUGAUCUCGAGAGAAACAUAGAUACAAUCCUCCUGGUUGGAGAUAACUUUGCGUUGACUACUGAUCCUAAAAGGGGAACUACUGUCAGAUGCUGGAAUGACAUUCAAGGGUCAUCAUGAGAUGCAGACAGAGAACUAGACCUGGUGGAAAAGGAGAGCAGAGAUCACGUCGCAGAUGUUCUAGCUUCAGCUCUUCAAUGCAAACUAACCUAUUAUGGCUUUCCACUGGGGCCAAUGGACGUCACGAUCACCCAUGAACUAUUUGGGAUGUCAUUUUGUUGCGAACAUUCAACACUUCAACAUGUUAUCCAGAUACUCUGCAAUCAACCUCUGGAGGCUUUGCCUUCAAACCCAGAGCAUUGGUAUGGAGGUGGAGGCUGUUUUGGGAAUGGAAAUAUGCCACCACCAUAGGAUUACACUGAUUGUCCUGAUGCACAGUGGUUUUCAACAACUUUCCAAGGUGGUACCUAUGGAUCGGGGCCCUUUCAAAGGGCACCAGCCUAAUCAUAUGUAAGAUUUAUGUGUUUGAUAAUUGCUUCUACGUCAAUGCAAAGUGUUCAGAACCAGUAAAUAUGUGGAUCAUCCUGGGAAGGUAUCUGGAAGAGGUGAAUGGUUCCAGCUGGGACCCUUCGUAAGGUGCCUCACACUUGACAAAUAGUGGCCAACAUGGUUUGUGAAGAAGACUAAAAAAGAAUUCUCACUGUGACUGGAAGAUUUCAGCCUAUAAUAGUUGUAAUAUCAUGAUAUCUGUUGAACCAAUUCCUCAUAGUUUUUAUUCCCCCUUAACCUUGUAUAUUCUCAUUAUGGUCUCUCUCCUCGACUCCCUCCCUUGGAUGACUCACCAAACCCUUCUUCCCCCCCAAAACAAGCCUGGACCAUGUAGUUGGCUUUGUGUGGGAGGGUUCAUAAGUUCAUAGUUCAUGUGAUAGGAGCAGAAUUAGGUCAUUCUGCCAAGUCUACUCUGCCAUUCAAUCAUGGCUAAUCUAUCUCUCCCUCCUAACCCCAUUCUCCUGCCUUCUCCCCAUAACCUCUGACACUCAAGCUGGAAUAACCAAUUGUUCCAAGCACCCUCCUGCAGUCAGAAGGAUUUCCCCUCCACUGUCAUUAUGACAGUCUAUUCUUUACAAGCCUUUGGGGUUGUUUUAACUGGUAGAGAUGUCUUAAUUUAUCGUGAGCUACUGUCUUUUCAUAUCUAUCCAGAAUAAGUAUUCUAAUCACUUUCUGAUUCAUAUCAUGGUAUAAAUUGUUGAUGGUACAUUGAUAUCAUGGAGUCCCACAGUGCCGAAACCAGGCUUUUGCCCCAUCAAGUCUGUGCUAACAAUCAGCCACCCACGGACACUAAUCUGAUGUUAAUCCCAUUCUAGUCUCCCCCGGUUCCAAUCUAUCACUGAUCUGCACAUUAAGGGCAAUUCAUUAGCAGGCAAAUUAACCUAUGAUGUUGCUUGUCUUUGCAAUAUGAGUGGAAACCAGAGCACCCAAGGGGAAACCCAUGCAGUCACCAGGAGAACAUGCAAACUUCACAUCGACAGCACCCGAGGUCUGGAUAGACCUUGGGUCACUGGAGGCGUGAGUUCUUGCUGGAGGAUUCCUUAACUUGGAAUCGCAUAAAACAUAAACACUUAGGGGAAGGUUUUUGAGGUAAACCUCAAUUUGUAAUCAUAGAAAAGAUGAGACACAAAGUGUGGUGCUAAUUUAUCAGGGCAGGCAGCAUCUCUGCAGAAUGUGGUUAGAUUAUGUUUCUUCAGACUCGAAACGUCACCUAUCUAUGUUCGCCCGAGAUGCUGCCUGAUCCGCACUUUGAGUUACUCCAGCACUUUGUGUCUUUGUGUGUAAGCCGGCAUCUGCAGUUCCUUGUUUCCCCACAUAAUCAUGUUGUACAGUCUCGUGUUGAUUGUCCCUAGUAGGAUAGGGCCCGCAACCGAAAGUCUUACCCUGUCCCACUUAGGAAACCUGAACGGAAACCUCUGGAGACUUUGCGCCCUACCCAAGGUUUCCGUGCGGUUCCCGGAGGUUUUUGUCAGUCUCCCUAAUGGUCGAAAGUGGUUUCCGCUUCUUCUAUGUUCCGGCGAUUAUUUCAAAAAAUUCAGAAACCGGCCACGACUAAAAAUUGGUUGCCGUUUUAAAACUCGGUAAUUUUUUAGUUGAAGCCGGUUGCAAUGCUGGUUGAAGGUGGUUGCCGGAGGUUGCAGGUAGUGGAAGGUAGUGGAAGGUAAGACCUUUUUUUCACCCAGUUUUAUUCCACCAGGGAGGUUUCCGUUCAGGUUUCCAAAGUGGGACAGGGGCAUUACUGAGAUCAAUCGUGUGUGUAUAAAUGGAUGAUUGCAUACUUUUAUCCAUUUAUAGUAUGCUAUGUUUAUAAAAUUAUUCUUUAGUCAGGCAGCUCCUUUCCCUGCCGUGACUGGCUUUUCAUAUCCCAGGAUGGCAGGCAGGAAUAUUUUUCACCUCCCAUUCUUUUGUGUGGGAAGGUGUCUCCAUACUAAUUAUCACCUUGUCUCACUGUGGCCGCGAUGUUUCUUUUUUAAUGAUAGGAUCUGCUGCACGAUAACAGAUAUAUUGUUGCCCCUCCCAAUCCGUCCAGGUUCAGACUGUUAUUGAGUGUGGUGGGUGGUAAAGGGGAAACGUUGUCUUGAUCAAUCCCACCCAGCUUGGUCUCUGCCUCGGAUUUGCUGCACGUUACUCUUUGUCAUUGAGUCAUACAGUGUGGAAACAGGCCCUUCGUCUCAACCUGCCCACACCGACCAAAAUGUCCCAUCCACACUAGUCCCACCUGUCUGUGUUUGGCCCACAUCCAUCUAAACUUGUCCGAUCCAUGUACCUGUCUAAAUGUUUCCUAAGCGUCUGUAACUCCCGGGCUAGCAGUGGUUGAAUGCAGCCACUUUCCAGAUGGCAAUUUGCUUCACCAGCUUUUGUAGACUUUAGACUUUGGAGAUACAAUGUGGAAACAGGCCCUUCAGCCCACUGAGUCCGAGCCACCCAGCCAUCACCGCAUAUACUAACACUAUCCCACACACUAGGAACAAUUUAAAGAACCCAAUUAACCUGCAAACCUGCACAUCUUUGGAGUGUGGGGGAAAACCGGAGCACCCGGAGAAAACCCACGCGGACCCAGGGAGAACAUGCAAGCUCCGUACAGGGAGCACCCGUAGUCAGGGUUGAUCCCGGUCUGUGACGCUGAAAGACAGGAACUCCACCGCUGCGCCAUUUUUGGUGUGUGUGAGGAAACCAGAGCACUCGGAGAAAACCCACGGGGUCACAGAGAGAACAUACAAAUACCACACAGAUUACACACCUGUAGUCAGGAUCGAACUCUGGUCUCUGGCGGUAGAAGGCAGCGGCUGUACUAUUGCGCCACCCUGAAGUCCAGUAGCACGGAGCACUUACCAGUACUCAUAACUACAGCAAGUACUUGGAGAAAUACCCCAGUCAAUUGAAAUGGACGUCAGACUGUUAAUGUUUGCUCAGUCCUCCUCAUCCAGUAUAUUAUGCUCAGUUUUAAUUUAUCCUUCCUCUGUGUGGACACACCGACCUUGAACAUUAUAAAUCAUCGUAAAGGGCGGCACAGUGGCGCAGCGGUAGAGCUACUGCCUUACAGCGCCAGAGACCCGGGGUUCGAUCCCGACUACGGGCGCUUGUCUGUAUGGAGUUUGUACGUUCUCUCCGUGACCUGCGUGGGUUUUCUCUCAGAUCUUCGGUUUCCUCCCACACUCCCAACGACGUACUGGACUGUAGGUUAAUUGGCUUGGUGUAAAUUCAAAAUUAUCCCUAGUGUGUGUAGGGUAGUGUUCAUGUGCGGGGAUCGCUGGUCUGUGCGGACUCGGUGGGUCGAAGCACCUGUUUCCGCAUUCUAUCUCUAAACUGAACUAAACCAAAUUCACCUGAAUAAAAUUGUGGCUUCAAGCGUGAAGCUGAGAUUCCAUGAAAGUGAUGUGCAAUCUCACAAAUGCAGAAGAUAGAAAGGGCCUCUUGAGUCAAGAUAGAUGAAAGUGAUAAAACCAAUGUGUAUUGUAGGUUGAAGGAUGAGCUUUCUCCAAAGGGAUUAUGCAGAACAAACAGUGUGAUGCUAUUUAGAAUAUCCUUUUUCACGGUGGAAAAUUAUAAUUGGCCUUUACACCUUCUUCAAAAUAGGAAUAGUGUGUACACCAGCACAAUGUAGCCCUGGGAAUCUUUUAAUUGUUGCUAGCAAAAAAUAUCAAAGGAUGUGAUCUAAAAUCUGAGAAAAGGCAUUGUGAUGGGCCGUGAACUGUUCAGACUUGAGAGCUGAAUAGCUCGCCCCUUCAUUAUAUCCAUUUGAUAAAAUCCUGGUUUUGGUUACAUGCGUGUGGGAUUUUUCUUGCAGCCAAUGUGCCAUACUUAAUCAUCGAGUAACACCACACAGGAGCUCCCGAUGACUCUUCUAACUUCAAAAUGCAACAAAUCACACGGGCAAAAGCAGGGAAAUAAGACCGGACUGUUUCGUUUUUGUGGAAUCUUGCAGUAAUGAAGGAGGCCAUUUGGCCCAUUGUGCCCAUGCUAGGAUAUUUAACAAGUGCUGCCAACUUAGCAUUUAGAAUAGUUUGUUCAGUUCUGGGCACCAUGUUAUAGGAAAGAUAUUGUCAAGCUUGAAAGGGUUCAGAAAAGAUUUACGAGGAUGUUGCCAGGACUACAGGGUGUGAGCUAUAGGGGGAAGUUGAGUAGGCUGGGUCUCUAUUCCAUGGAGCAUAGGAGGAUGAGAGGUGAUCUUAUAGAGGUGUACAAAAUCAUGAGAGGAAUAGAUCGGGUAGAUGCACAGAGUCUUUUACCCAGAGUAGGGGAAUCGAGGACCAGAGGACAUAGGUUCAAGGUAAGGGGGAAAAGAUUUAAUAGGAAUCCGAGGGGGUUACCUUUCACACAGAGGGUGGUGGGUGUAUGGAACAAGCUGCCAGAGGAGGUGGUUCAGUCUGGGGCUAUCCCAUUGUUUAAGGAACAGUAGGACAGGUACAUGGAUAGGACAGGUUUGGAGGGUUAUGGACCAAGCGCAGGCAAGUGGGACUAGUGUAGCUGGGACAUGUUGGCCGGUGUGGGCAAGUUGGGCCGAAAGGCCUGUUUACACACUGCAUCACUAUGACUCUGACUCUGAAUCCAUGUCUUUUGGUUACCAAUUCACUUCACAUGGGAAUGUGUUUCCAGUUAAUUUAUACAGCUGUCAUUUUAACAAGCACCAACGUAGAAUUAAUUUAUGAUGCAGCAAGUAUAAAGCAAAAUUAAAUUAGAAAAUUGGAUUUGAAAAGAACCAGGCUAAUAAAUAUUGAGAGACCGCCGUGUGGAUUUAACAAGAUACUGAUCCAGAGAGUAUGGGAGAGGCCUAGAUUUAAUCUGGUGUGUUUGUUGAUUCUUCAAAAGAAUUGUUACUGGCACAGCCAGAACCUAUUGUGCGUCUCCAAUUAGCCAUUGAACUGAGCAACGUGAAUUAAAUGCAUGUUGAAGCCAUAAUUCCACAAUUCCCUGCUGCAUAUAUGUUUGAAAUCUUUAACAGCACAGCAAUCCUGAAUCUUAGUAUAGUUUAUAGAUACAGCGUGGAAACGGGCCCUUCGGUCCACCAAGUCUGCUCCGGCCUGCCAUCUCCACACACGAACACUAUCCUGCACACACUAGGGAAAAUGUAUUUAUUUUUUAACACCAAGCCAAUUAACCUACAAACCUGCACGUCUUUGGAGUGUGGGAGGAAACCGGAGUUCCUGGAGAAAACCCACGCAGGUCACGGGGAGAGGGUACAAACUCCGUACAGACGGUACCUGCAGUCAGGAUCAUAGCCGGGUCUCUGGCAAUGUAAGGCAGCAACUCUAGUGCUGCGCCACCGUGCCGCCCACAGAUCUAGCAUAUUUUCAUUCCAAAUUUUAUUGUGCAUUUAAAUUUUGCAGCCUUCGCAGCGGGAAUUGAAUUAAUCUGUGAAUCGACUUUUCCCGAUUUUCGACUACUAAUCCAGUAUUUUAACUUCCUUGCAACCAUCUUCACUGAAUAUCCAAAAAUCAUAGCUGGGAUUGGCUUUCAGGAAUGCUGGAUUAGCCAUGUUUAUGGGGCAUCUUGUUCUGCAUGGACGAUUUGGGCUGAAAGGCCUGUUUCGUUGUGUGUGUGACAAUGACUGACUCCAAUGCAACAACAUUCCAGGAGGGAAUAGGAAAACAUUUUAUGCAACUCAUUGUCCUGACAUGGAAUACACACACAGCCUGAAAUUAAAAACAUCAAAGAGACGCUCAAUAGAAAAGGAAGGGUAUGAACUAGUACAAAAGCAAAUACUACAUAUGGCGGAAAUGUGAAUUAAAACAGGGAAUUGUUCAGUAGGCCAGACAGGUUUUGCCGAGAGGGAAACGGAGGUAAUGCCAAUAGCUUUUUAUUGAAGGGAUUGAAUAGCAUGUUCAGACCAAUGACACAACCAUUGUGGAGCAAAUCACGGAAAAUCCACAACAUUUAGAGAGACCAUCAGCCCAUGAUGUCUGCACUGUGUUUGAAACAGAGUCUUACAGCGUGGAAACAGGCCCUCAAGCCCAAUUUGUCCACACCGACCAACAUGUCCCAUCUACACCAGUCCCACCUGCCUGCGUUUAAGCCAUAUCCCACUAAACCGGUCGUAUCCAUGUACCUGUCUAACUGCUUCUUAAACGUUGCGUUAGUACCUGCCUAAACUACCUCCUCCGGCAGCUCAUCCCAUAUACACACCACCCUCUGUGUGAAGAAGUUACCCCUCAAGUUCCUGUUAAAUCUUUCUUCCCUCACCUUAAACCUAUGUCCUCUGGUUCUCGAUUCCACGACUCUGGGCAAGAGACUCUGUGUGUCUGCCCAAUCUAUUCCUCUCAUAAUUUUGUACAACCCUAUAAGAUCACCCCCUCAUCCUCUUGCGCUCCAAGGUACAGAGUCCGAGCCUGCUAAACUGCUCCCUGUAGCUCAGGCCCUCAAGUCCUGGCAACAUCCUCGUAAAUCUUCUCUGCAACCUUUCCAGGUUGUAAGCUGGACAUCAGUAAGAUUCUGUGAAGAAUGAACAAUCUGGACUUUGGUACAAAAUACCAAGGGAUUUAUCUUUGUCAUUAGAUGAAAACCCCCCAGUUGUUGAAACCUGGUGUGAGUUGGUAGCUGAGGGCAGCACGGUGGCGCAGUUGGUAGAGCUGCUGCCUCAGCGCCGGAGACCCAGGUUCAAUCCUGACCUCGGGUGCUGUCUUGUGUGGAGUAUGCACAUUUUCCCUGUGACCGUGUGGGUUUCCUUCGGGUGCUCUGGUUUCCUUCCACAUCGCAUAGACCUACUAGUUUGUAGAUUAAUUGGCCCUCUGUAAAUUGCCUCUAAUGCAUAGGGAAUGGACACAAAAGUGAGAUGACUAGUGUUAUACGGGCAGCAUGGUGGUGCAGCGGUAGAGUUGUCGCCUUACAGCGCUUUCAGCGCCGGAGACUCGGGUUUGAUCCCGACUGGAUGCUGUCUGUACGGAGUUUGUACGUUCUCCCCGUGACCAUGUGAGUUUUCUCUGAGAUCUUCGGUUUCUUCCCACACUCCAAAGACGUACAGGUAUGUAGGUUAACUGGCGUAUGUGUAAAUUGUCCAUGGUGUGUGUAGGAUAGUGUUAAUGUGCGGGGAUCGCUGGUCGGCGCGGGCCGAAGGGCCUGUUUCCACACUGUAUCUCUAAACUAAACUAAAAUAGUGUGGAAGGGUGAUCGCUGGUCGGUGUGGACUUGGGUGGGCCAAAGGGCCUGUCUCCAUGCUGUGUCUCUAAACUAAGCUAAAUCAGUCCUGCGUUUGAUGCCUGCAUAAAUGAAUUAACCAUCAACCUAUACCACUUCAUAUGACUCAUGAAAGAUUAUCACUUGAUUAAUGUGCUGGAUGUUUCCUGUGUCAAUACCCUUGAGGGGAAGUAAAAUAGAAAAAGGUAAGAAGUAUACAUGUAUUUAUUAGAUAGUGCACAAGGUAGGCCCCACUGUCUCCAAAUAUAAUUUGCUGUUUAUUUAUAGCUGUAGAAUGUCAAUGUUAAAGUGCAAUUUUCACUAGUCCUCGAGCUGUAAUUUAUUUCUGAUUUUAAAAUGCACGUUUUUCUGCAUCUUCACGAUUAGUUUAUGUAUAGACCAGUAUUAAAGGCAUAAGAUUGACAUUGCUUAAACGAUGUGGUUCAUAGUUUACAUAGUCUUUUGUACAUUUAUACAAUGUGAUUUUAUUUUCCUCAUGCAAUAAAAAUGUACUUUGAUCCAUCUGGAGAAA